AUUUCCCGUGUGUGAAAUGUUUAAAAUUUGUAAAUGUUUUAGCUGAUUUUAAAUUACUACAAUAGAUAAAUUUUGUCACAGUGACUGCAAAAAGGAACCAUGUCUCUCAGUGAUGAUGUAAAGUCGAAAGCAGAGGAGCUAAAGGAGAAAGCUAAUGAGCAUUUUAAGAACAAAGAGUUCGACAAAGCUAUAGAUAUGUACACAAAAGCCAUUGAACUAAAUCCUAAUAUUGCAGUAUAUUAUGGAAAUCGUAGUUUUGCAUAUUUAAAAACGGAAUGUUUUGGUUAUGCACUUACAGAUGCUUCAAAAGCUAUCGAGUUGGAUCCAAAUUAUGUAAAGGGUUAUUAUAGGAGAGCUGCAUCAUAUAUGUCUCUAGGGAAAUUCAAGUUAGCUUUAAAAGAUUUUCAAGCAGUUACUACUGCACGACCAAAUGACAAAGAUGCUAAAGCAAAAUUCCUUGAGUGUUCUAAAAUAGUUAAAAGAAAAGCUUUUGAAAAUGCCAUAGCUGUUGAGGAAACAAAAAAGUCUGUUGCUGACUCUUUAAAUUUAGAUACAAUGACCAUUGAUGAUUGUUAUAACGGACCAAAAUUAGAGAAUGGCAAUGUAACAUUAGAAUUCAUGAAAAGCCUUAUAGAAACCUACAAAGAAGGUAAAACCUUGCAUCGAAGAUAUGCUUAUCAGAUGUUGCUUGAUGUGAAAAUUUUGUUUGAAAAUAUGCCUACUAUGGUUGAAGUCACUAUACCAGAGGAAAGUAAAUUUACCGUUUGUGGUGAUAUUCAUGGACAGUAUUUUGAUCUUGUAAAUAUUUUUGAAAUGAAUGGUUUACCAUCGGAAACAAAUCCUUAUCUAUUCAAUGGUGAUUUUGUGGAUAGAGGCUCGUUUUCUGUUGAAUGUAUUUUUACUCUUUUUGGUUUCAAGCUACUGUACCCUAAUCAUUUUUUCAUGUCAAGGGGAAAUCAUGAAAGUCAAACUAUGAAUCAGAUGUAUGGCUUUGAAGGAGAAGUUAAAGCUAAAUAUUCAGCACAGAUGUCAGAUUUAUUCACAGAAGUUUACAAUUUUCUUCCUCUGUGUCAUCUACUCAAUAACAGGGUUUUGGUGAUGCAUGGAGGCUUAUUUUCAGAGCCAGAUGUAAAACUUAGUGAUAUUAAGGGAAUAGAUAGAAAUCGACAGCCCCCAGAAAAAGGUAUUAUGUGUGAAUUACUAUGGUCAGAUCCUCAACCUCAACCUGGUAUAUCACCUAGCAAGCGAGGGGUUGGAAUUCAGUUUGGCCCUGAUGUGACCAAGCAUUUUCUAAACAAAAAUGGCCUUGAUUAUAUUAUACGUAGUCAUGAAGUCAAAGCAGAUGGCUAUGAAGUAACCCAUGAUGGGAAAUGCAUUACUGUUUUUUCAGCUCCUAAUUACUGUGAUACUAUGGGCAACAAAGGAGCCUUUAUUACUAUGAAUGGGAAAGAUAUGAAGCCUAAUUUUGUAACAUAUACAGCUGUGCCGCAUCCUAAUGUAAAGCCUAUGGCUUAUGCAAGUAGUUUACUUGCUUUUAUGUGACGGAGGCCAUAUUAGAUAAUCAGUUUCUCAGGAAUGUUUUGUACAUACAGGACGAAAAAAAUCUACUUGUUAUACUCAAGCGAUGCUUUCACAAAAGCACCCUAUAUAAGGUGUA